AUGUCUUUAACGGCAUCAACGGCUACCGCUGUGCUAACCGCGCUCGCCGACAAGCCCGAUGGCGGAGGCGAGAGGCGGUGGGAAGAUCAACUGAAGGAGCAGCGCGAUCUGUACACGCAGUUCGUGAUUAGCUCUGCGCUUGGCCUAGGUGCCUUCUUGACAUUCUGUAUCUUACGGCCAAAAUGGACCGAGCUGUACGCUGCCCGACGACGACAACGGAACGCCGCUUCGCGCUUACCUGAGCUUCCGAAUACCCUUUUCGGUUGGAUCCCUGUUCUCCAUGGAAUCACAGAGGAAGAAGUCCUGCAGUCCGCAGGCCUGGAUGCCUAUGUGUUCUUAUCAUUCUUCAAGUUUGCUAUUCGGUUCCUUCUAGCCGUCUUUAUCUUCGCUGUCGCAAUUAUUCUUCCGCUACACUACAAAUACACUGGCCAAUAUGGUGUUCCGGGAUGGGACAACCUUCCUGACAACAGUACGGCCAAUGGGAUUGAUGGUCUCGGAAAGGACAAGCCAGUCACCGACCCUGGAUACCUAUGGAUCUAUGUCUUGUUUGCCUACGUCUUCAGCGGCUUGGCUUUCUAUAUGCUUCUCCAGGAGACAAACCAAAUCAUUCGCACGCGGCAAACCUAUCUCGGUAAUCAGACCAGCACCACUGAUCGCACGAUUCGCUUGUCCGGAGUUCCGCAAGACCUAGGAACCGAGGAAAAGAUAAAAGAAUUCAUCGAAGGCUUGCGUGUUGGCAAAGUUGAAAGUAUCACGAUCUGCCGAAAGUGGCGCGAACUGGACGAACUGAUGGACGAGCGACUGAAGGUUAUUCGAGAACUCGAGCGGGCAUGGACGAAGCAUCUUGGUUACAAGCGGCCCAAAAGCGAUGGGAAUACUUUGCCUUUGACCAACCAGCACGUGCAGGACGAUGACAACGAACGGUCUCAGUUAUUAUCAGAGUCCGAACGGGGUGUUUCUAGUUAUUCCAACGAGAGACCCAAAAUUCGCAUCUGGUAUGGCCCAUUUAAGCUUCGCUUCCGGAUGAUCGACGCAAUCGACUACUACGAGGAGAAGCUGCGCAAGAUAGAUGAAUAUAUCCAAAACGCCCGCGAGAAAGAAUACCCUGCUACUGAGAUUGCAUUUGUGACUAUGGAGUCUAUUGCUGCAUCUCAAAUGCUCGUACAAGCGAUCCUUGAUCCGCACCCAAUGCAAAUGUUCGCUCGACUUGCUCCGGCGCCGGCGGAUGUUAUCUGGAAGAAUACAUACUUAUCUCGGUCCCGACGAAUGAUUCAGUCAUGGUCCAUUACCGUCGUCAUUGGAUUCUUGACCGUCUUCUGGUCCGUUCUUUUGGUUCCUAUCGCAUCAUUGCUGGAGCUGGAAACCCUUCAUAAGAUUGUUCCCCAGCUUGCAGAGUUCCUCCAAGAGCACACAAUUCUGAAGUCUCUGGUUCAGACUGGUUUGCCGACUCUCGCAUUCUCGUUGUUGACAGUUGCGGUUCCUUAUGUCUACGAGUGGCUUUCGAACAACCAAGGAAUGGUGUCACGCGGUGAUGUUGAAUUAUCGAUCAUCUCCAAGAACUUCUUCUUCUCAUUCUUCAACCUUUUCCUGCUUUUCACAGUGUUCGGAACGGCUAGUGGUUUCUACGGUUUCUGGGAAAACCUCCGGGAUGCGUUCAAAGAUUCCACGACAAUUGCAUUUGCCCUCGCAAAAUCUCUCGAAGGUCUUGCGCCAUUUUACAUUAACCUCUUGAUCCUUCAAGGCCUGGGUCUUUUCCCCUUUAGGCUCCUCGAGUUUGGAAGUGUCGCACUAUACCCGCUCCAGUUCCUAUCGGCCCGCACACCACGAGAGUACGCGGAGCUAAACACACCUCCCAAGUUCAGUUACGGAUUUUCCAUCCCGCAAACGAUCUUGAUUUUGGUCAUCUGCGUGGUGUACAGUGUCUUCCCGAGCUCAUGGCUGAUCUGCCUGUUUGGCUUGAUCUACUUCACGGUUGGCAAGUUCAUUUACAAAUACCAACUUUUGUACGCCAUGGACCAUCAGCAGCAUUCCACCGGCCGCGCAUGGCCCAUGAUUUGCAACCGCGUAUUUGUCGGCCUGGUAGUCCACCAGCUCGCCAUGAUUGGCGUUUUAGCCCUGCGCCGAGCCAUCACUCGCUCGUUGCUCCUCGUGCCACUUCUAGGCUUCACCGUUUGGUUCACAUACUGGUUCGGACGGACAUACGAGCCUCUAAUGAAGUUCAUUGCCCUCAAGAGCAUUAACCGAGACCAACCGGGUGGUGGCGAUAUCUCUCCCUCCCCUUCAUCAUCCUUCUCACCGCCGUCGGGCUUGGACCGUGACAGUCUCCCGAUUCGUAUUGGCGGACAUGACCUCGAGCUGCGGCUGAAGAAGUACGUCAACCCGAGUCUUAUUUUGCCCCUGCAUGCUGCCUGGCUUCCUCACCGCAUCUCUCCAGGCAAUGGUGCGUCGGCUUUCGAGGCUCAUCAGACGCCCAAUGUCUGA